GCAUGCUUACGUUUUGUAUGGAGAUGGUUAAUGAAUCCAGUGUUUUUGCAGUUGCAAGCUUGUGCAUUCACUGUGCAAAGCUGUCUGCAGGCUUUUGCAGUUGCACCAGCGUAGCAAAGAUAUUAAUUAAAGCAUCUCCCUUUUUUCCACUCAUGUUUGGCUACUCGGUUCAGCGAGGAAGGAUGCCUCCAACCCAGCCCAACCCAGGCCAGUACGCGCUGACCAACGGGGACCCUCUGAACGGGCACUGCUAUCUGUCGGGAUACAUCUCCCUGCUGCUGCGGGCCGAGCCCUACCCCACCUCGCGCUACGGCAGCCAGUGCAUGCAGCCCAACAACAUCAUGGGCAUCGAGAACAUCUGCGAGCUGGCCGCCCGCCUGCUCUUCAGCGCCGUCGAGUGGGCCCGCAACAUCCCCUUCUUCCCCGACCUGCAGAUCACCGACCAGGUGGCCUUGCUGCGGCUCACUUGGAGCGAGCUCUUCGUGCUCAACGCGGCGCAGUGCUCCAUGCCCCUGCACGUCGCCCCUCUGCUGGCCGCCGCCGGCCUGCACGCCUCGCCCAUGUCCGCCGACCGGGUGGUGGCCUUCAUGGACCACAUCCGCAUCUUCCAGGAGCAGGUGGAGAAGCUCAAGGCCCUGAGGAAGCACAAAGGGAGGUUUGCGUGCGUGUCUCUCUGCCUGGGAGCGGGCGAUCGCCUGGCUGCUGCCUGCCGGGGUGGGCAGGGGCCAUGGGGAGGUGCAGCUCAGCCCCGAGAAGGGGGCUCGCUCAUUGUGGCACUAACUCUUUGCCCCCCUUGUCUCCUUCCCCGGCGUGUGGCCGCCCGGGCAGAUGCCUGUGGCCUGUCAGAUGCUGCCCACAUCGAGAGCCUGCAGGAGAAAUCUCAGUGCGCCCUGGAGGAGUACGUGCGGAGCCAGUACCCCAACCAGCCUAGCCGCUUCGGGAAGCUGCUCCUGCGGCUGCCUUCCCUGCGCACCGUCUCGUCCUCAGUCAUCGAGCAGCUCUUCUUCGUCCGCUUGGUAGGUAAAACCCCCAUUGAAACCCUCAUCAGAGAUAUGUUACUGUCUGGGAGCAGCUUCAACUGGCCUUACAUGUCCAUCCAGUGUUCCUAGAGCCCGGCCUCCACCCCCAUAGGGACCCUGAGGACCAGCACCCACAGGAACACACGACCCGCGAGCAGUCGGGGUGCAGAGAGGGGGGAACAGAGGACACAAAAAAAACAGAGAGAGACAAUGAACAAAAAAAUACAUGCAUAAAGACUCGCGUAGGAUCAGCUCUGUCACCCUGGGUGAAAGGAACAGGAAGGACCUGGUGUCUGUGGAAAAUGUUGAGGACAGACAUAAGAAUAAACGUAAAUAACUAAAAGGACCGAGGGGAUUUUAAUCAAGCCAGAAGGAGAAUAAUGGAUCUUCCAGGAUUUAUUGUGGACUGAUGUGGAUAUAUUCUGUACAGAAACAAACACUGAAGUUGAACUGAAUCUUGUGUAGAAAAAAGACAAAACAAAACAAAAAAAAAAACCCCACAAAAAAAACAACCACACGCAAACACUUACCACGAACAUUGUUAUUCAUUUUGUAAAAUAUUAGUCUUUAUUUUCUUUUUUUUGUUCUUUUUUUUUUUU